AUGAGUGCAGCUGAUUCUUCUAUUGAGAGGCGCAUGCGUCGUGUGCGCCACAUCGUUGUCGUUUUAUCAGGAAAAGGCGGCGUGGGCAAGUCAUCUGUGGCAGCACAACUGGCUCUUUCACUGUCAUAUGCGGCAAAAUCUGAUACUCCUGAUCCAGGUGCUCAGAAACGCUUGCGCGUAGGACUCUUGGACAUCGAUUUGACAGGCCCAUCAAUACCUCGCAUGCUUGGCGUCGAUGGCCAAGCAGUGCAUCAAAGCUCCGAUGGUUGGGUGCCUGUGUACACAGACGAGACACAGUGCCUGGGCGUAAUGAGUGUGGGCUUCUUGCUGCGGUCAAAGAACGAUUCCGUGGUCUGGCGCGGUCCAAAGAAGCAAGGCAUGAUCAACCAGUUUCUGCGCGAUGUGCGAUGGGGUGAUCUCGAUUACUUGAUUAUUGAUACGCCACCAGGCACGUCAGACGAGCACAUCUCUCUGAUGGAGGCGAUCCACCCAUAUGCACCCAAGGCCGUGCUUGUGACGACGCCACAAGCCGUAGCACUUUCUGACAACCUGCGCUCACUUGAUUUCACGCGCAAGGUCGGCCUACCUGUGGUGGGCCUGAUUGAGAAUAUGAGUGGCUACGUCUGUCCGCAUUGUGCUGAAUGCACGAAUGUAUGGGGCAAAGGUGGUGGUGAAUCACUUGCUGAUAAGCAGGGGAUUCCUUUCUUGGGCCGUGUACCUAUCGAUCCGGCGCUUGUGCGUCUGCUGGAUGAUGCUCGCGAGGAGGCGGAGCAUGCGGCGACAGACGACCAGCAUGCACUGACGUAUGCAACGGUGCGCCGGUACCGAGCGAGUUCCACCUACCCAAUCUUUCAGCACAUCACCCAGGCUGUUCGACAUCAUACCCAGGACACAUCUAUGUAG